AUGGGGGAUACCGAAGACCACCCUGAGAGUGUGCGAAGGCCCAGGACACCCUCACUCGACACCACCGCCAGUGGGUACGUUGAACCACUACACAUAUCACGCAAGGUAUCACAGCAACUCAGAGCCUUGCGAGUAGACACGGACUCACCUGUUUGUGAUGUGAUUAUCAAAACAUCACUCUCCCACACACACACAAACGCACACACACACACAAGCACAAGCACAGAUACACCCACAAGCACACAUACAGCCACUAGUACAAGUACUGGUACGGAUGGAUCGAAUAAGGGCGCAUAUGAGGCAGAGCACACAACGACAGGAGAACACACUGUGAACGACGCAGCAGGCACAGCCACGGGAGAGACCGAUGCCGUGGCGGCUAAUACCAAGUUAAAAACCACGCAGAAUAACAGCGUGGAAGCUG